CGACAACGACAGCAACUACAAGACUGACGAGACUGGGAGGGAGCCCCCAGGAUGGACGACCCUCGCAUCGCCCGUCCCGCAUCUCCCAGGCGAGAUCGGCACAGGCCUGCCCCAGCCCUGCCGCAGGGCAGCCCUGGUGGCUCCAACGGACACAGCCGUUCAAGCAGCCGCAACAACGUCUUUUAUGAAGCGGCCGUCGAGGAGCUCUGCCGCAUCGAAACUUUCCAGCAGGACUACAACACCAAGGACCUCCUCGCAGGCCUCUCAGAGAAGCUCAUUGCGAGAUCCAAGGCCGACCCCGGCCCCUUCAACCCUCGUCCCUUUAUUCGCACAUUUGAGUCCAGCGUCGAUGCUCUCCUCGCCCUCCGUCAGCAGCUCACCUCUCAGGAGACGACGCUCUCCUCGAGCGUACGGGUCGCCGAGAGCGCAUACACCUCGAAGCUCCACGACCUAUCGUCGCACUUUGCAAGCGUCUCGACGAGCUUUGGCUCUCUCGAGUCGCGCUUUUCCGAAGUUGGUCGGACGGCCAUGCACAUUGGCGAGCAGCUUCAGACGAUUGAUCGAAUGAGGACGCGGGCGGCAGAGGCCCAUGACCUCAUCGAAUACUACUACCAAUUCGCGCGCGGCGACACGAGCAGGCUGGAGAAGCUUCGAAAGGAGGGCGGCAGGGAGGGCAGGCUCAAGACGGCCGUCAUAGCAAGGCGCUUGGGCGCCAUCGCACGCGAGGUCGACAUCAAGGGCGCUGAACAGACUCGGGAGACAAUCGAUCGCUUCUCGGAGCGCUUCGAGCGCGACAUGCUCAAGCUCUUCGACCGUUUCUAUCGCAAGUCCGAUCCGAAGAUGAUGUCGCACAUUGCAAAGGUGCUUCAGAACUUCAACGGGGGCCACUCAUGCGUCCAGAUCUACGUCAACCAGCAUGACUUUUUCAUCUCCAAGGACCGAGUCGGGCAGCGCAGGGACGUCGAAGAGAGCAAAAUCUGGCUGACCAUGUCCGAUCCUGACGCUCUGCCACCAAAGUCCGAACCAUCGCUGCAGGCUCUCUUCAGUGAGAUCCGCUCGACCGUCGAGGUCGAAGCGCAGAUCAUUUCUGCCGUCUUUCCCAAUCCGCUCAUCGUCAUGAGCACGUUCCUGCAGCGAGUAUUUGCUCAGAGCGUUCAGGGCUAUGUUGAGGUGCUCAUGGACAAGGCUGCCGAGGUAGGCGCCGCCAGCAGCGGAGUUACUGCUUCAGCCCGCGAGGGUGACAGUAAUCUGGCGUUUCUGAGGACGCUCCAGAUGGCCAGAAGCAUGUCACUGGCCCUGGUAAACGACCUCAAGGUGUACGAUUUUCGAGGUGCUGGCAUCGUUGGCCCUGGACGUGGCGAGUCUGGCGAUACAUUUACCCCUCUUCUUCAUGGAGAGACAUCGGGGGGCGCAAACAGCCAUGGCGCUGGAGCCAAUGGCAGCACUUCAGGACUGGGGGGAGCGGGCGCUGUGGGCGGGGGAAGUGCGCUGGGUGUCAUGCUGGACCAGGCCGUCGAGGAGCUCUUUGUUCCCUACAUGGAAGGCGUCAAGUACCUCGAUCGCGAGUCCCGCUCGCUGACCGAGCUGUACGGCGCCUAUCUCUUGCGCUUCCAAAACUACCAUCGCGCAACGCACCAGACCAAGACGACAAACACCAUCUUCGAUCGCGUACGUGCUCAGGUCGCUACAACGGCCGAACGCGCCGCGAACGUCAGUACCACUAGCAAUAGUACCGCCGGAGGAGCGACUCAAGGUGGAGCGGCGGGGACUACCGCACCCAAGAGCACGGGAUUCGGCUUUUCCAAACUGUCUAACCUCGUCGACAGAGCGAGAGUCGCAGCAGGGGCAAGCGCGUCGUCGAACUCUGCCGACUCGACUCUGCCAGACGGAAGGCCGAGUCAGGAUGGAGACCAAGCAUCCUCGACCGUCGCAGCUGCUGCUGGAGGCGGCGACGUAGAAGAGCGCGACGGCGACUUGAGCUUGGACACGGCAGAGAGAAUGCUUCGAUGGCAUGCUGAAGCCAUUGGAAGAUGCGUCGAUCUGAGCACACCUCCUUCAGAGGUGCCAAAGAAUGCCUUUGCCCUCUUCAAGGUGCUUUCAGAGGCUUUUGUCAAAUCGUAUGUCGAGACUGCUCUCGACUCGGCCCUCGCCCACGCCUCGGCACAAGAAGCGCGAGGCAGGACCCUACCGAGCUUGACCGAUUUGGGCGUCGUUCGGCAGACGGACCUCAUUAUGCAGCUCUGGCAGCACUACGUCAACACGGCUCUGCUUCCCUUGGCUGGCUCAAGUGUGACGAUUCGCCGAGAGAUGGCAAUCUACAACAACCACGUCCUACUCCGCGUCGAGGGCAAGUGCGAUGCGGUGCUGCAGAAAGUGACGGACAAUGUCGUCUCCUUUCUCUCGGGCAGGCUCUCGACGCAAAAGAAGAAUGACUUUACGCCCAAGAACGACGAGCUGGCGUUUGCGAGGAUCAACACAGACCCAUGUCUUGCCUGUGUGGACGCCCUCGAGAAAGUCAAAGGCACAGCCAACAGCUCGGCUCGAGGCGGUCUAGGAGGCGGCAAGAACGCAGAGAGCUUCCUGACAGAAGUGGGGCUAGCAUUCCAUGGCCUGCUGCUUGAGCAUCUGCGCAGAUAUACCAUCAGUGCUGCCGGUGGCAUCAUGCUUACUAAGGACCUGGCCAUGUACCAAGAUGCUGUUUCUUCCUUUGGUAUCGGCGCGCUCUCGGACCGGUUCGAGAUGCUCCGCCAGCUCGGUAAUCUCUUCAUCGUCCAACCGGAGGUGCUGAAAUCGUACAUGAGAGAAUCACACCUGGCCAAAAUCGACGAGAGGCUGCUCCGGCCAUAUCUGCUCCGAAGAGCCGAUUACAGCACCCACGUUCGAGACCUCAACGACGAGCCAGACGCCACAGUCAGCAACAGCGUGAACAGCCAGACUGCCUCGUCGGUCACCGACGCGUCCGCCUCUUCGUCUGCAAACUUCUUUGGACAGGGCUCCGCGUUGAGUGAGCCCGAAAAGGUCAAGCGGCUUGGCCAGGUCAUGCGAGACUUGGACUCCUGGAGCAAGCCCGCUGCCCCAUGAAAUCUACUCUUUCUCUUCCUCACCAUCUUUCAAUUCUUCCGUGUAUUUGUACUGUAUCCUUCACACACUGCUUUUUGGCAAGUCACGAUCGAUAUUAGAGG